GGUCUAGCUUUUCUAGCUUCCAUUCGACGGUACCUCUACUGUGUAGCUCUGCCGAGCAUUUAUUGCAUGUCCGAAGGCUCGCCGACUCAACUGGAUUAAAUAACUAUCAUUUGCUCGCCGUCAGCGUGCCCAAUCCCUUCCUCCUCCUUCCCUUGUUUUCGAUCCCAUCUUGCUCCGCAUUCACAUCGCUACUCGAUAAAGGCCCGACGCCGAGAACCCAAGCAACCUUCGACCAGCGAUCCGAGUCCAGGGUGUUCGACCCAAACCCAAAUAUCUCUCUACCUAACCUGCUCCUCGCCGUCACUUGCACUAGCCACCCGCCUCACUUUGUCUCCCCCACAGCAUGACCCAGCUCAGCGAAGUCGAUCACCUCAAAGCCCUGCUCGUUCGAAGUGAGCAAGAGAAGCUUGAGUUGAUGCAGAGGCUCAACCAGACAUACACAAUCCCCGGGCUCGAUGGCAUCCCGGCAAGCCACCAAAUAUCGCCGCCAUCACAUUCUCCCCUCGGAGACAAUGGCUGCUCAAGAACCAGCGCAAUGCCCCGCAGCGCCACAAACGGCCCGUGGCCUCAGCUCAACCAGGUCCAGGUGAUGCAACAGCAGGAAGAGGGUCCUCCGCCCAUGAAGCGCUCAAAGACGACCCAUGACGCUGUGUCGUCGACGACGGCGCCCAUGAUGCGGUCGAGGUCGAACAACCUCUCGCGCCCCGGUCCGAAGCCAAACCCCUUCAGUGCCAGGGGUCCCUGCCCAGCCGCGCCACCGGUCCCAAUCAAGAGUGUUCCGGCCGCCAGCCCGGUCAUCUUGGACGAGUUCCAGCACCUCAACCAGACCCCGUUUCAAAGCCCGAUGGAUGCUGGUAUUACGGACAGCGCCUUCUUUCUCGGGCAGCCACAAUUCGGCGGAUUUGGCCGCGAGAUCCCGUUUGAAGAGUUGAUGUCGAUGCCCGACGACCAGCUGUUCGCGCCCGGCGGCUCUCUCUCCUCUCCCAUCAACAUCGCUCCGCAACCGUACCCUAGCGCCACGGUCUCGUCGGCCUGCGGAUCACUGACCUCUGGACCGACGUUGGACACGGCGCCGAUGUCAAGAUGCAACAGCUCCAUGAACGACAACGCUUCGCUCUCGGGCCAGUUCAGUGAGAUGGUCCGGAUCCAGUCGCAACAGUCGGUGCAAAGCCCGGUCCGCCCGGAUAGCCUUCGACCAAGUCCCAUCGCUGCCGCCGCUUACUCCCCGUUUCCAGGGGCCGCGACCGCAAUGGGAGCCGGCCCAUUCGCACACGGCUAUCCCUCGUCUGCUCCAGUGGAUUCGACGCUUUCGCAAUACCGGCACCAGCACGAGCACCAGCACCCGAUGAGGCCGUCCCUGUCGCAGUCAAGCAUACAGUCCACGGCGUCUUCUGCUGACGUGCCGUCACCCCGCGACCUCGGCAACUCCUUGAGCCAGCACCUCACCAUGGAGCGAUCCGUGUCCAAGGACAGCAUCAAGUCCAACUCGUCCUUGCAACACCGUGCCAAAGAAGCGCUUGCUCGGCAGAACCAUGCCGCCAAGUCUCGCCAUCUCCAGCCCAAACCGGCCGCCAGUGCUAUCAAGCAGGAGUCCGCCGGUGCCGCCAGCAGCUCCACGAAGGACGGAAAGGCCAUCAUCAGCAAGACCAAGUACGAGCGGCCCAAGCAUCCCAAGGUGAUGUGCGGUCUCUGCAACGACCAUCCCGACGGCUUCCGCGGAGAGCACGAGCUGAGACGGCACCAGGACGCCAAGCACAAGGACAUCGUGCAAAGGUGGUUCUGCUGCGAUCCCAGCGUCCCGGUGGCCGAUGGCGUAGCCAAAUGCGCGGACGGGCCGGUUGAGGUACAGAUCCUCAAGCCGCUCAAGGAUUGUAAGGCAUGCUCCCAGGGCAAGCACUAUGGCGCGUACUACAACGCCGCCGCACAUCUCCGCCGCACGCACUUCAGCGUCCACGCCCGGAAGAGCGCCAAGAACGGGGCGGCGAGUAAGGCGGACGAGGACAAAGGAAAGCGUGGCGGGAAUGGCGGCGGUGACUGGCCGCCUAUGGACGAGGUGAAGAAGUGGAUGCGGUCCAAGUGGGUGAAGCUCCGCGGGGACGAGAGCCCAGACGACGACGCCGAGGAGGCCGAGGAACUGGAGAGCGGGCUCCCUGCCGAGCUGCAAUACAGCUCCCAGCCGCCGGCGUUCCCCACGGAUGGCUUCGACAUGGCAACCGCCUUCGCCAACAUCGGCGCGGGCUUCGCCAGCCAGGGCAUCGACAUCCCAUUCCACGGUGCGCUCGACUCGCAGCAGGCUGCUCCGGCCGGGAUGUACUCGUUCUCGGCACCGCUGGCCCUGCAAGGCACUGGUUCGCCUUCGUCCGCGUUUGACUACUCGAUGCAAUCAACCAUCGUGCACGGGAUGGGAUUUGAUGGCAACGCCGGCAGCAACGGCUACAUGUCGCCUGUCUCCUCGAACGCCACCGUCACGGACGCGCCCGUCGGCGUGUAUGGGCAGCAAAGCCUGCUGCCCCCCGCUGUUCCCAUGCAGAUGCAGCCGAGCUGUGGGGACGUCGCGGAUGCGGAUCUGCCUUUUGAUCUGACCUUCACUGGAAUGGGCCAGUGAGCAGUGGUCAGCGGCUUGUCUGUCUCCAUCACUGCCCCAUGGGCCGGCAUGGGCAGUCUUAUUUCCGUCGG